GUGUGUGUGUGUGUGUGUGUGUGUGUGUGAGUGUGAGUGUGUGUGUGUGUGUGUGUGUGUGUGUGUGUGUGAGUGUGAGUGUGUGUGUGUGAGUGUGUGAUGGCGCUGCUGAGCUCUUUCCCUUUAAAUGUCAGGCGGUUUAGGCGUGACUAAUCGAGCGGCGGUGAGCAGGCGGUGUAGCAGAGUGAGCUCCGGGUUUGUGUCUGUGUCCGGAGCGCAUGGAGGUGACGGUGCUGGGCAGCGGCUCGGCUUUUCCCGGGCCGCUACGCGGGUGCUCGGCUGUAGCGCUGCGGCUGCCGCGGGGACAGUGCUGGCUGUUCGACUGCGGAGAGGGAACUCAGACCCAGCUGAUGAGGAGCAGCGUCCGAGCAGGUAAAAUCUCAAAAAUCUUCAUAUCCCAUCUCCAUGGCGACCACGUGUACGGCCUGCCGGGGCUGCUGUGCACGCUUAGUCUGAACUGUAGCGCCCCUCCAGGCCAGCAGGGGGAGUGUGUGGAGAUAUUUGGACCGGUGGGUUUGAGGCUGUUUCUGCGCGUCGCUCUGCGCGUCUCCAGCUCUGAGCUAAUGUUUCCCUUCACCGUUCACGAGCUGGAGCCCACCGGAGACCAAAGCCCUCCCUCCGGCCUACUGGACCCUGAGCUGACCUCCUGCUGCCCGCAUCUCCACCCGCAGGAGCAGCCUGGCAGGACGGUGCGGCUGAACGUGGAGUCGGACUGUUACACGCUGAUCGAGGACGAGCAGGUCAUGGUGAAGGCCUUCAGGCUCUACCACAGGGUUCCUUCUUUUGGGUUCUCCAUUCAGGAGAGAGACCAGCCCGGACGCCUCAAAGUGGAGCUGCUCAAAGAGAUGGGACUGAAACCUGGUCCACUGUUCGGUCGUCUGAAGAACGGAGAGUCAGUGACGCUGGAAGACGGUCGUGUUCUUGGGCCGAGCAAGGUUCUGGAGCCGGCAAUCCGCGGACGAAAGGUGUGCGUGUUGGGGGACUGCAGUGGGGUGGUCGGGGAGGGGGUCCGCAGGGCGUGCGAGGGGGCGGACGUGCUGGUUCACGAGGCCACGCUGGAGGAUGGGUUACAGGAGAAAGCUGUGCAACAUGGACACAGCACUCCCAGCAUGGCGGCCGCAGUGGCGCGGGACUGUGGAGCUCACACUCUCCUGCUCACACAUUUCAGCCAGCGCUACAAACCUGCUGGGGGUCCUGGGGGUCCGGGAGAGACUGGGGACGACGUCCUUGAGCUGAAGAGACAGGCUGAACUCAUCCUGCAAGGAACAAACACACGCGUCAUACUCGCUGAGGACUUUCUCACUUUACCUGUUCCUCUCAGAAAACACCUGACCGAGCCUGACAGCACCUGAACGAGCCUGACAGCACCUGAACAAGCCUGACAGCACCUGAACGAACCUGACAGCACCUGAACGAGGCUGACAGCACCUGAACGAGCCUGACAGCACUGACCGAGCCUGACAGCACCUGACAGAGCCUGACAGCACCUGAACGAACCUGACAGCACCUGACCGAGCCUGACAGCACCUGAACGAACCUGACAGCACCUGACCGAGCCUGACAGCACCUGAACGAACCUGACUGAAUCGUGCUCGCUCAGGACUUCCUCUCUUUGCCUGUUCCUCUGAGAGAGCAGGCUGAUGCAGCUCUCACUGUGAUGUGAAAACAAAAUAAAAUAUCUCUAUUUUUGCUGUUUUUUAUUUUUCUGAAACAUUUGAGCAAAGCGGCCGUUUUUAUAGUGUGAUAUGGGCCCUUUAAAGCUCGUGUUCUUUAUUUAGUGGGAAUGUGUUCUGAAACGAUUCUACUACAGUGUAACUGAGUGCUGUGUUUGUUCGUCUUCAUGGACUGAAUAAAGACAUUUAUUUCUGCAUUCUGGAUAUAAACUGUAUAUGUAUAUAUUCUAAAUGUAAUGUCUUCUCUACUUUUCCAUUAAAUAAAUAUUUACAUACGGAUCACAUUAAACACCUACAGUCA